CCUCGACCUUUCCCCCCCUCUGCUGCAACUUUAUAAAUUCUACGCGCUCAAAGAAACCCAAACAUUAAGUUAUUAAUUCUUCGAUAAUCUCCGGUGUUUCUUGCUGUGAAUUUUGAAGAUUAUGGAAGAGGAGGCGGAGAUUGAUCGGUUGCCGUUAGACCUAUUGGCUCAUAUCUUCGCGUUGAUCACUUCAUUCACUGAUUUAGCACAGGCGAGCGGCGUGUGCAGGAAAUGGAAUAGAGGGGUGAAGCAAUCGCUGGCGAGGAGAGAGAGUCUGAGCUUUGCUGGUUGGAAGAUGGACGAUAAUUCCACCGCCCGCGUCGUACGCUUAGCUUACAACCUUAAAGAACUCGACAUUUCAAGAAGCCGGUGGGGUUGUCAGAUUACUGACAGGGGACUCUGCCAAAUAGCUUUUGCAAAAUGUAUCAGCAACCUCACGUUGAUCUCUCUGUGGGGUAUGACGGCAAUUACAGAUUAUGGUGUUGUUCAUCUGAUGUCUAGUGCUACUUCUUUGCAACACCUAAAUAUUGGCGGUACAUUCAUCACAGACAUAUCAUUAUUUGCCAUUGCAAAAAGCUGUCCAAGUUUAAAGAGUAUUGUCCUGUGGAGCUGCCGUCAUGUAUCAGAGGCUGGGCUAAUGGUUCUCGUAGAUAAAUGUCGUAAACUAGAGUCGAUCAAUGUAUGGGGUACAAGAGUUCCAGUAGGCUGCUUCAUAGCCUUGCUUACUGUUAGCCCCGCUCUUCAGAUAAAACCUGCAGGCUUGCUGUUAAACGUUGCAAGUGCUUCUUCUAUGUCGCCUGCGGUGCAAUGGCAGUGAUUGCUUUUCCCUUGCUUGGGGUAUUAUUCUUUUCGAGUUUCCAUCACCAUCAUCAUUAAUUUAUUUGAUGAGUAAUUGAACUGAAGGCAAUUGCUUUCUUACUAUCGCAUCUCCCAUUUUACAUUAUUCCUACUCAGUCGAAUUUGUAUAUAAGAAAGUUGAAGGAUUGAUCAUAUUCUUUCACCAAACCAAUAUGAAGAUUCUGUAUAGUGUCUGUUCAUGUUUUUUCUUUUUUUUUUGAAGGGGAGGAAAGAAAAUUAUGUAUAAAGCAUUUCAUUGCAGUCUUUUACCAUCUGAAAUUUCCUGGGA